UUUAUUAUGACAAGUGGGCGGUUUCAAUUAAAUGAAGACAGUGACGAUAAUACAACAAAUUCGACAUCGUCAGCAACAAGUAGCGUACCGCCGUGUCCGCGCAGUGUUAACAGCGAUUUAAUAGAGCACAUACGAAAAUUUACAUUCUCUACUAUAAGCACAUGCUCAAACAACGGCGAGAGCGUUGAACAACUUAAAGAAGGAACUACUGAUAUUCUAAAUAAUUUAGAAAUAAAAAUUCCUGAGUUACUACAAGGAGGUUAUUCCUUUUACACGUGGCCUUCUGCAUCUAUACUUGCUUGGUUUCUUUGGGAUCGUCGUCAAGCCCUUACUGGAAAGUACAUAUUGGAGUUAGGUGCAGGUACCGCAUUACCAGGCAUUCUAGCAGCAAAGUGUGGUGCUCAUGUGACUCUUAGUGACAACUGCAUAUUACCAAAGUCACUUGCACACACAAAAAAAUCUUGCCUAACCAAUAAUCUCUUACCAGGACAAGAUAUAGAAGUUAUUGGAUUAAGUUGGGGUCUUCUCUUAAGUAGCGUGUUUCUAAUAAAAAAUUUGGACUUUAUAAUAGCAGCUGAUUGCUUUUAUGAUCCAACAGUGUUUGAAGAUAUAAUUGUGACCGUAUCAUUUUUACUGGAACGAAACCCAAAAGCAAAGUUUCUAUUCACAUACCAAGAACGAAGCACAGAUUGGUCUAUUGAAGCAUUAUUAAAAAAGUGGAACCUUUGUGCUGUACAGGUUAAUAUUGAUGAUAUUGGUAAGUAUUCCGGCAUAGACGUUUUGGAAUUUGCUGGUGGGCAUACAAUUCAUCUAUUAGAAAUUACAAGAGAACAGAUUUAAAGAAAUAAAAAAUGUCUGGU